AUUUAGAUUUUUUUUUUAAAAACAUCUCUAAUUGUGACUUUAUAUUUUGGUUUUAAUUGCAGACGCUUGAUAUUUAAUUUGAGGGUUGUGACAAUUUAUGUAUAAUUAGUUUUGUAUUUAUUAUUAUCAUUAUUAUUAGUAGUAGUAGUAUUAUUGUUAUAUUAGAAAAGAAAUAGUUAUAUUAAAAAUGACUGACACUAACUGCAGUAACUCUGUGAAUAUGUACAAAACGUUUGCUUUAUAAAUCUUUUAAUAAAGACGCUGUUCUAUUUUUUUCUGUUUCUGUAUUUUCGGUUGUUCCAGUGUUUAUAUUCUGUGUUUGAAUGUUUAUAUUCGGUGUUUGAAUGUUUAUAUUCUGUGUUUGAAUGUUUAUAUUCGGUGUUUGUGCUGUUUAUAUUCAGUGUUUGAAUGUUUAUAUUCUGUGUUUGAAUGUUUAUAUUCUGUGUUUGAAUGUUUAUAUUCGGUGUUUGAAUGUUUAUAUUCGGUGUUUGAAUGUUUAUAUUCUGUGUUUGAAUGUUUAUAUUCGGUGUUUGAAUGUUUAUAUUCUGUGUUUGAAUGUUUAUAUUCAGUGUUUGAAUGUUUAUAUUCUGUGUUUGAAUGUUUAUAUUCGGUGUUUGAAUGUUUACAUUCGGUGUUUGAAUGUUUAUAUUCUGUGUUUGAAUGUUUAUAUUCGGUGUUUGAAUGUUUAUAUUCAGUGUUUGAAUGUUUAUAUUCGGUGUUUGAAUGUUUAUAUUCGGUGUUUGAAUGUUUAUAUUCAGUGUUUGAAUGUUUAUAUUCGGUGUUUGAAUGUUUAUAUUCGGUGUUUGUGCUGUUGCAUUUAAAUGAUCCAUGUAUUUAUUUAGAUCUUGUAUUAUAUUUAUUUGAUUUGUCUGAGACCUUGAGGUUUAUAAAAGUACAGUAUAUUUGAAAUGUUAGCCAUUAAAAGAGAGAGAGAGAGAGAGAAUUUUCGGCAGUUUAAAAUCGGAGAAAAGAUCGUCAGUGAUUAUUAUGAUUAUUAUUGUUAUCACCAGAAACAUUUGUUUGAUUUUAUUUGAAAUAAAUGCCACGGUUGUGUUGUUUGUAAAGUGUUGUGAUAUUUUUUUUUGGAGACUUGGGUAGAGGGUGAACCUCUGCGUAUCGAUUCGUGUGUUCUUGACGUCAGACGUGUGUGUGUGAGGGUUAAUACGGACGUUUUUGCCGUGAUAGGAGCGGUUUGGAGCUGCAGUCGUUUCUCACAGUGGGAAUUUAUCGAACCGGGAGUCCUGGUGUUCCUGAUGGGGAUAAAAACAGACGACAGAGCCGGACACAUCACACACACCACUACGCCUCACAGGAACAACACGAUGCCACGCAUGCAGGUUUUAUGGACGUGCUCGGUGCUGAUUGUAAUUUUGUUCACGGAGUCGCACUGCAUUCAGAAGGCGACUCUGACUAAAAACUGGGGACCGCAGUCGAUGCUGUACCUGAAGGGGAAAUAUGGUAGAAGAUAUAUUCCAGACAGCGAUGUUGAUUUUUAUAAAUCAGCUCUGAAAAGCUUGUACGCAGUUAUCAGAGAUUUUGAAAAGAUGAAGUCAGUGCAAGCUGGAAGAGCAACGCGGCUUUUCACAGCUGAGAAUCUUCUGAUCCGUUAUACAGAGUAGACUCGCUUUAUGCAGCUUAAAAUGUUCAUAAGUUGUAAAAAUGUUUCAAAACUUCCAGCUUUUAACUUUUUUAAUUCCUGUUUGAUUCAUCAAACGUCCAGUAAACGUGAUAGAUGUAAUAGGUUGCUGAUAAAACUUUAGAUGAUGAUGAUGAUUAUUGUAAAAUUUUCUACACUGCUUGUUCUCCUCAUGCUGUGUAUUCCUGUAAUGUA